GCGCAAGUAUCUGCCAUUGUUUGGAAACGGCCAUAUUGAAUCCUCGUCACUGGUGGCUACUCUCUGUAAUUAUAUUCCGCUAGCUCAGGGUCUCUUUGAAGGAUGGCAUGUGUAACACUCAAACGAUCACUGGAAUUUGACCCCCUUCACCAUGGAAGUUGUACUCCUCGGCCCCAUAAGAGACGACGAUGUGUGCCUAUGUGUGUUUCACCCCAGAGUGCUGCUGCAGCAACUGCACGUCACACUGAGUCACAGUCACCAUUUUCUGAGGUUACACCUACUCUUACCCCAGAACAAAUUGCACAAAAUGUUCGGGAGGAGAUCCGUAGGCUGAAGCGCCGCAAGAUCCUACAGUGCGGUGAGCGUAGUAUGGAAUGUGAGGGUGGUUAUGAAUCUCCGGCUUCCCCUCCUUCUCCGCCAUCCCCUGCCUGCCCUACCUCGCCUUCACCAUCACCUGCUCCAUCAUCCACUGCAGGAGUUUCCUCUCUUCAACACCAUCACCAUCAUCAGUCAUCUCUUGGGAAGGAUAAACCUCUUUUCACAUUCAGACAGGUGAAUCUGAUCUGUGAGCAGUUACUGCGCGAACGUGAGGUGAAUAUCCGUGAAGAAUAUGAUAAAGUUUUGGCAUCCAAACUUGCCGAGCAGUAUGACUGCUUUGUACGAUUUACCACAGAUCAGAUACAACAGAGGCUCUCUCAAGCAGCCCUUCCCAGCUAUCUUUCUUAAGGAGACUCUGCUGUUUUGAUAUGGACUAUGUGCCUUUGGAGGUACAAAGAAUGAAAAAAAGGAGUCUAGGAAAGUAAUUCCCUGGAAGUGUUAACUUUGUACAUAGGAAGUAUCUCAAGCUCUGGAAGGAAUCCAAGUGUUCAGGAAACAAGUGUAAUAAAUGGUUGCUGGAUGAAAUGGAUAUAAACCUCAUUUCAGUUUUGACAAGUGAUUGCCAAGUGAUGUGUUUGGUAUGAAGGUGUAAAUCAGUAUAUCCAUAUCAUUCAAAGCUGUACAUGAGUACAGUGGUCUUGGGUUAGCCAAGACACAAACUCAAGUCACUUACAGAACAGCAAACAAUAUAAGUUAGGAGGGACUUACACGGCAACCAGAAGUGGCAGCUUCAGUGACAAGCGCAAGUUACCUUGUGGUGCUCAUUCUGUGUGGCAUUCCUCAACAGUUGUGUGUAUAUACCUUCUAACCAUUCAGUUGCCUUUCACACUUUUCUUGCUGUAAGUGGUACUUUGUGGAGUGAAACUCAAGAGAUGUAGUGUACCUAUUUGGUAUAACCGGUAACUUAAAACCCUGUCUGCGAGAAAAGUUGUGAUAGACUGUUGAGAGUUCUUCUAGUACAGGAAGACAGCCACAGCUGCAGUCACAUUGCCUUUAUGUGAAUAGUAAUCUAUAGGGUAGUGCUCUAUAUUGCCUGUUUUAUGUUAAUACAAUUAUUUUUGGCCAGCUUCUCUUAAACUUGUAUGUUACUGAUAAAUGUGACUUAAAGUAGGUUCCUAAACCUUAUACAUUUAUAUUAGGAAGGAGAUACCCUGGUAAUGUCUUCCUGUAUUAGAACCUUAAAUAACUUGCCCCUCUUAUUAGAAGGGCGGUAUUAACCCACCAUACAAAUCAAUAUCUCGCCUAUGCUGUUUUAUUAGAGAUCUGUUGUAUGAUAAUUUACUUAUGGGUGUUGUGUCUAAUGUGGGUAAUAUGUACUCUAGGCAUAAUAAGGUGUUAGGUUCAAAGGGUUACAUUCUGCUGUAGCAGGAAGAACCUGUAUGAAGUGAGAAAGGCAGUAGUGUUAGUUGCAAUGAAUCUUGACGUGAUUGUUUCACCGUAUGAAUUUAUGACUAGUGUAGGAUAAGUUUUUUUUAUAAUGUACUGGGGCUUUUUAGUCUCAUCAUGUAUGUACAGUGCACGUUUGAAAGCAGGACUUUGUAUGCUGCAUAUUCAUUGUCAAGCAUUGUUAAAGCAGUAAGUCUGCAUUUAUAUGAUACUUGGUGACAUUUUGGGUUUUUGUAAGGAAUCACUUAGUUGUUAGUGCAUUUCAUUUCCUUGAUUUUUCCUUUCAUUGAAGACUGACAUUUGUGUGGUAGUUUUAUACUACUUCUUCAUUCUAGUGUCAUUUGUCAUAUACAGUUAGGCAUCAUUUGCUAUUGUAUAAAACAGCUUCUCUUCAUUUUAAAUAAGCCAAGCUACUAAGAAGAUAGCAAAUGGUUCAUUUUCUCAUUUUCCAGCAAAAAUUAACAUGCUGUAAUCUUGGCUUCCUUGUCUGCAACUUUCCUUUUAAUUUUAUAACCAUCAAACAUUUGUUAUUAAGUUAGCUGAACAUAUUGUUGCAUGAACUCUUGAAGUAAAGAGCAAUUGUUUACUAUUUAUUUUCUUGUUCUCACUUUUUUACUGUACUUGUAUUAUUAAAUAUACUUGUUAAUGGGAAAGUA